AUGGCUGUGUUGUAUAAGAAGUUGAGGAACCUCAAGAGGCAUCUAAGGGACUUUAAUAGAACUCAAUUUGGGAAUGUGCACUCGAAGGUUGCUGAACUGCAUACAAAGUUCGUUCAUGUUCAAACUUCUCUACUGGGAAGUGACAAUGUGUCCACUGAAACUAUCGAGAAGGAGGUGGACUUUAGGGUUCAGCUGUUAGAAACUAUUGACAAAGAGGAGAAAUUCUUGGGCCAAAAGUCCAGGAUGGCAUGGCUGAAAGCGGAAGACCAAAAUACUGCUUUUUUCCACAUAUCAGUAAAGGAAAGGAAUGUAAGAACUACCAUACAGGUUCUUUACACUACUUCAGGGGAAAAGUUGGAAAGGGUGCAGGAAAUAAAAGCAAAAGCAGUGAAUUUCUAUCAGGGUCUCUUGGGUAGUCGAGAUGAACGAAUUAUGGGGGUCUCGGCUGUACAACUUUCUUCUAUCCUUAAAAGGAAGGUCUCUCACACCAAAUCUCAAUCACUCAUGUCACCUAUCACUAAAGAGGAGAUUAAAGCAGCUCUGUUCUCGAUGGGGAAUGACAAGUCCCUUGGCCCAGAUGGCUUCACGAUGUAUUUCUAUAAGCAUGCAUGGCAAAUUGUUCAAAAAGAUUUUAUUGGUGCAAUGCAACAUUAUUUUUCUCCAGCCUGGAGGCCAUGGGAUUUCCUCUCACAUUUCUCGGGUGCUUAUUUCUCGGGGACAAUCAAUGGGUCCCUAGCCGAAUACUUUGCAGGCCAGCGGGGACUAAGGCAGGGAGAUCAUUUAUCCCCUUAUCUAUUUGUCAUUACCAUGGAUGUCUUCUCAAACCUUUUAGACACUAUUGUAGUUGAAGGUAGAAUUGAUUUUCACUCAAGAUGUAAGCCUCUAAAGCUAACUCAUCUUUGUUUUGCGGAUGAUUUGUUUUUAUUCACAAAUGGCUCUAAGGAGUCUAUCAUUGCUAUUAUGAAUGUGUUGAAUACCUUCUAUUAUUGGUCCGGAUUAAAGCUAAAUCCUGAGAAAUCUGAAAUCUUUACGGGAGGCAUUAAUGAGGAUAGUGUUUCUGAACUUGUGUCUUGUUCUGGGUUCAAGGGAGGAACAUUACCUGUGCAAUACUUGAGGCUACUUCUACUUUCUGGAAAGUCUCUGUGA